AUUAAUUGAUGGACCAAAAAUGAAAAAGGCAGGUGUUAAAAUGGGCCUUGUGGAAAGGUUAGGGUUUUAGGUGUUUUAAAACAUCAGGUUUUUCUCACUCCAUUUUACUCUUUGCGCCUCCGACUACCCCAUCUUCUCUCUGCAACUUCCAGUAAUUAGCAAUGGCGGUCCCAAAACUCGACAAAAAAAUUGUCAAGAAGAGGGUUAAACAAUUUAAGAGACCUCAAAGUGACAGGAAGAUAUGCGUGAAGACUAACUGGAGACGCCCAAAAGGUAUAGAUUCCCGUGUACGUAGAAAGUUCAAGGGUGUCACUUUGAUGCCAAACAUCGGGUAUGGAAGUGACAAGAAAACCAGACAUUUUCUGCCUAACGGGUUUAAGAAGUUUGUCGUCCAUAAUGUUGGUGACCUUGAGCUGUUGAUGAUGCAUAACAGGACUUACUGUGCUGAGAUUGCACACAACAUCUCUACCAAAAAGAGAAAGGAUAUUGUAGAGCGUGCUGCCCAACUUGACGUAGUAGUCACUAACAAGCUUGCCCGUCUGCGCAGCCAAGAAGACGAGUAGUUUUGUUUGUGGGAUGAAAUAUGUGCAAUCAAAUUUUUUUGAGACUUUCAUUGUUGAAUUUUGGAUCCUUAUAAUGAUCAAUCUGUUUAUUUUUGCAACCCGUGUUAAAACUGACCUAUGUUAAAUCUAGAUUGUAUUUGAAGUUAAAGGUGUUACUAGACUUCGCUAGUUAAUGUAGUUCAGUUUUUGGUA